UUAAAGGUUGUGAACCGAGGGACGUUUGAAAUCAAACUAGUAGCGCUUGAGGGAAGUGUUUUCCAGCGGCCACAUUGUUAAUUAUAUUGGCAAGAUUUGGUUCCAGUUUGAUUCCUUUUUAUCUGUGUUUACCACCUCACAACAUCGAGCCGGCUUUUAACAGGAUUAGUAUACUGUCCAUCUCGUGGUAUAUUUAUGUAGACACAAACCUUGAGCUCUCGUCAACUGGCCGACGUAGCUGCUAGCUAGCGAGGUUGACGUUGAAACUACCUGCUUGAGAGCUAGCUUACUCUUAGUUUGGAUUCUGGAUAAGUUAUCGGGCAUUGUGCAAUAACAUAAUCGGAAUAUGGACUCUUCUGCCAGACUAAAGAUGACAACGGACAUGAAACUCCAAAGGCCAGAAGUGAAGACAAGCAUGGAUGGUCCAAAGCGGAUUCCCGUGUCACAGCCGUCUCAGGCGUCUGUAGUCGCACCACCUCCACAUCAGCGAGUUCUAGGCUUGUCAAAUGGACCUCAGCGCAUUCAGCGUCCUAUGAGCCACCAGAAAUCUGCAUCUCAUGUCUCGGUUGCUGUCAAAUCUACAAACCCCGCUGAUCAGAAUGUGACCCCUACUACUCAGAGUAGAAGUCGGGCAAUGCAGCCCAAACGUGUGUCUCAGCAAAUCCAACCAAAGGCAAUCGUGCCCAAGGUGAAUCCAGAGCCAGCCAAACCCCCAUCGGAACUGGCAAAGCUGGAGAAGCCACAGACCAAACCUCCCAAGAUUGUUUCUGCAAAAGCCUCUUCAACAGAUAGCCACCGAUGGAGCCUGGAGAACUUUGACAUUGGCCGUCCCUUAGGAAAGGGUAAAUUUGGCAAUGUCUACCUCGCCAGAGAGCAACAGAGUAAGUUCAUCUUGGCCCUGAAGGUGCUCUUCAAGAAGCAGCUUGAGAAGGCGGGGGUUGAGCACCAGCUGAGGAGGGAGGUGGAGAUCCAGUCUCACCUCAGGCACCCCAAUAUUCUGCGCCUCUACGGUUACUUCCAUGACUCGACUCGUGUAUAUCUCAUCCUGGAGUUUGCACCCAAGGGUGAAUUGUACAGUGAGCUGCAGCGCUGUGGAUGCUUUCCUGAGGACAAAAGUGCCACAUACAUCAUGGAGCUGGCUGAUGCCCUCAACUAUUGCCACUCCAAGAAGGUGAUCCACCGGGACAUCAAACCAGAGAACCUGUUGCUGGGGGCCAACGGGGAACUGAAGAUCGCAGAUUUUGGCUGGUCGGUUCACACACCCUCCUCCAGGAGAUCUACGCUGUGUGGAACACUGGACUACUUGCCUCCUGAGAUGAUUGAGGGGAAAACUCAUGACGAAAAGGUUGACCUGUGGAGUCUGGGCGUCCUUUGCUACGAGUUCCUGGUUGGAAAGCCCCCCUUCGAGACAAAAAGUCACGAAGAGACCUACCGCAAGAUUUCAAGGGUUGAGUACACUUACCCCGCACAGUCUGACAUCAGUACCGGAGCCAAAGACCUGAUGGCCCGGCUGCUGAAACACAACCCCAUGCACAGACUGCCCAUCCAGGGAGUCCUGUCCCACCCCUGGGUGGUGGAGACCGCCACCAAGAAACCCACAACCCUUAGCCACGAGGAGCCCGGCCUCUGAGUCUCAUUGUGUCCCUUCACCCAAAACCUGAGGUUUGUAUGUGGGGGCGCAGCAGAGCAGAACACAGGCUGAACAAAGGUGUGAAACAUGAACACCAGUGUGCAGCUGAUUUAUCAGAAUCUGCCCUAUUAACUUUAAUAUCACUUCAUUUUGAUGUUGUCUGCAGUCACUUCCUUGUCUCUUUUUUAUCUUCCUUUCCUUGUCUCGAAUGUAAUUCUAUGCCUGUAAAUAUUUCACUUUUAUUUGUGUAAUUAUGAAAAUGUUAAGCUUUUCUAAAAUGCCGUUACUUGAAAUAAAAAGAUAACUUAUCUUUAGUGGAAUAUGUCACUUUGGAAUUAAGCAUUUGUCUGUUAGUGAAAAGUAUUUUAGUUUUCUCUUAAAUGAAUUUCAAGCUCUGUUAAUUUUCUUUAUUACUGGGAAAACUAGACUUGCACUGAUAUCCAAUGAGCGACCAGCAGAGGGCGCCAGCAUACCACUAGAGUUCUCUUGGGAGCUCGUUACAGAUAACAGUCAGUAUUACAUCCAUAGUUAAAGGUAGGGUAGGUAAUUUCGGAGAAACCAGCUCGAGUGCUAGAAUUUGAAAAUACACAGCCGGAACAAAUCUGCCACUUCCUUACAGAGCCCCUCCAACACAGACGAACGUGCACAUGACCAAUGAGGGCACGAGAUAAGUUUGUGCACAGAUGGAAGGCUGACAGGCAGGUAGGCCAUCCAGUUAUUUUAGCCGGGCCGGCUAAAAUGAUUGGUCGUGAUUUUUACAGUACUACGGCUUCCACAGAUUACAUUUUUUUUGUCAAAGCAGAUAUUCAUUGCUAUCGGCAUGUUAAGAGCAUUCCAUCGAAUAUAACAAGUGUAUCUCGAGUCGGUUUCUCAAACUUACCUACCCCACCUUUGAUUAAUUGGUUUCACACAUUAUUUCUUCUACAAUAAAAUGUUAAGAUAUAAAGAAAGUAUUUAGCCUUG